AUGACUGCUAUUAGGAGAAAGCUAACUGUAGUCGGAGAUGACCGCUGUGGUAAGACAUGCUUCCUCUUUGCUUUGCGUCACGAACAGCUUCCCAAGUCCUAUGAGCCAACCCUGUUUGAUGCUUACACCACUGACACAGAGGUAGACGGGAAGGAGAUGAAACUAAUUCUCUUUGAUGUGGCAGGGAAGAAUGAAUUCAGUUACCAAAAUCUCCGCUCAGUGUUCUACAAGGACACUGACGUUAUUUUAAUGUGCUUCUCCGUGGACAGACCUGACUCACAGCAAAACAUCCUUGAUUUUUGGGUUCCAGAAAUUGAACUCUUCUGCCCCAGAGUACCUAUUAUUCUGGUGGCUACCAAGAUAGAACUAAGGAGUGAUGAAGGCACGAAGAAGCAGCUAACUACUCCAGGCAAAGAGCCAAUUAACACUACAGAAGGAAAAGCUUUAGCUGCCAGCAUUGGGGCACAUGCUUACCUGGAGUGUUCUGCCAAGACAAAAGAAGGUGUUGAUACAGCCCUGGAGAUUAUUAGCCAAUGUGCAUUAAAUGAGAAAAGAAGGAGAAAGACGUACUACAGGUGCUGCCGAAUUUUGUAA